UCGAUAAUUCAUAAUGUGCUACACGAUGUCGCAUCUAUACUUUUCUUAUUAAUGGUAGUAAUUGUCAAUGGUAAUAAUCUUGUCAUAUUUUGCUGUUAUUUGAACACGUGCUGUAAUUGCAAUUGUAGUAAACGAGUAAUUGAUAAUUUUUUGCGUAAAACAAUGGGGAAAGGGCGAAAGCAUAUACCAAAAAGAAAUUUUGCAGAGAAAAGGCGUGAAAAACAGAAGAAAAAAGAUGAAUGGGAUAUUACUCCACAUCACAAUUAUGCAGACAUUAUCAGAGAAAAUAAGGAUUUUGAAAAUUAUUAUAAAACUGAACAAAUUGUUCCUGAAGAACAAUGGGAUUCUUUUAUCAAUACCAUGCGGAAAAAUCUUCCAGUGGCAUUUAGAAUUACAGGCUCAAAAGUAGAAGCCAAGGCAUUACUUGAAACUAUUAAGGGAGAUUUCUUUAAAGGAAUUUUAACAACGCAUAUGGAAGAUGAUUCAAAGAAUAAUGAGGAGACUAAACCCAAGGACAUAUUACAAUGCUUGCCAUUUUAUCCUGAUGGAUUAGCUUGGCAACUACAAUUAACUAGAAAAGAUAUUAGAAGAUCUGAAGCUUAUUUUAGAUUACACAAUUUUUUAAUUGUUGAAACAGAAAGUGGAAACAUUAGUAGACAAGAAGUAGUUAGCAUGGUGCCACCUUUAGUACUGGAUGUAAAACCUCAUCAUAAGGUUUUAGAUAUGUGCGCAGCACCAGGAUCAAAAACAACCCAACUUAUUGAAAUGAUUCAUUCUGACGAGGAAAGUGCAUUUCCAGAGGGAUUUGUAAUAGCUAAUGAUCUUGACAAUAAUCGUUGUUACAUGCUUGUACAUCAAGCAAAAAGAUUAAACAGUCCAAUUAUUUUAAUCACAAAUCAUGAUGCAUCAGUAUUACCUAAUUUCACUAUUACUAAGCCAGAUGGUACAAAAGAAAGAUUAAAAUUUGAUAGAAUACUUGCUGAUGUACCAUGUAGUGGUGAUGGUACAAUGAGAAAGAACCCUGAUAUUUGGUGUAAGUGGAGUCCAGCAAAUGGUAACAAUCUCCAUGGAAUUCAGUUUAGAAUAGCCAGAAGAGGCUUAGAACUUUUAACUGUUGGAGGAAGAAUGGUAUAUUCUACUUGCUCAUUAAAUCCAGUAGAAAAUGAAGCAGUACUUCACAGACUUCUUAUUGAGACUGGAGAUUCUGUGCGAUUAGUUGAUUGUAGAGAUUUAGUACCUGGAUUAGUGUGUGACCCAGGCAUAUCACAUUGGCUACCAGCAUCAAAAGAUCUACAGUAUUAUAAAUCGUGGGAAGAUGUACCUGAACAAUGGCAAACACAAGUACGUCCGAAGAUGUUUCCACCAAAACCAGAGGAUGCAGCUAAAUUUCAUUUUGAAAGAUGUAUGAGGAUAUUACCACACCAUCAAGAUACAGGUGGGUUUUUUGUUGCUGUUUUGGAAAAAGUAGAUCACCUACCAUGGGAACGCGCAUCACAGAUGAGCGAUGAAGUUACUCAAGUGAUUGAAGACGGUAACGCUGAAUUGAGUUUGGAACAAGAAUCGAAGAAUAUACAUGAAAAGAGGACAUUUGACGAUAUGAACAAAUUAAUUGAAUCCAGAAGAAAACGUAGAAGAAUUGCUCGUGGGUUUAAGGAAGAUCCAUUCGUUUUUUUCAACGAUGAUAAAGAAGAAGUCUGGUCUUCUAUUAAAAAGUUUUAUGAUAUAUCUGAUAAUUUGGAUCCUCGCUGUUUAUUGGUGCGAUGUAUUGGUAGAAAGAAGAAAAAUAUUUAUUAUACAUCACCUGAGAUACGUAAUGUUGUGUUAUCUAAUGAAGAUCAAAUAAAAUUAAUAAAUACUGGUGUAAAAACAUUUGUACGCUGUGACAAUAAAAAUAUGGAUUGUCCAUUUAGACUUGCACAGGAAGGAAUACAAAGUAUCAUUAAAUAUAUUGGCGAUAGUAGGAAAAUUAGGAUAUCUAAAAAUGACCUAAUAAUGUUGUUACAAAACAAUAGUCCUCAUACACCACCUGAAAUUGUGAAACUUAAUCCAGAAACGCAAGAACGGUUACAAAACUUUGCAACUGGAAGUUGUAUACUUGUAUAUGAAGAAGAAGAAACUGAAAAUCCAUUAAAGUUACAGAUGGUAGGAUGGCGAGGUACAAUGUCUCUGAGAGCAUAUGUUCCUGUACAUGAUGCAAUUCAUUAUUUACGUUUAUUGGGAGCUGACUGUUCGAUGUAUGAGAAAAAUAAAUUCAAAGAAAAUCGUGUUUCUCAAGAAGAUUCUAUAGUUGCUUCUGAAAAGUUGAGUAAUGAGGUUACUAGUGAUGCUGAUGCAGUGGACGUUGAUAUAAAGAAAGACAUAAAAUCAGAACCUUCGGACGAAUUAAAAGAAUGACACAUAAUUUUGUAAUACAAAGUGAUGUUCCUUUAAUUUCUUUCAGAGAUAUUAAUUUCAGUACGUUGUAAGAAUAAGUAAAAAAUUUGCAUUUAUUCAAAAUUUAGUAAAAGUGCGCCAUUUAUUACGAAAUUCUAACAAGGCUGAUAUUUAAUACGACACGAUGAAUUGUAUCUUAUAGGAAAGAAAUAAAAUGUUUUUAUAGCAGGACAAAGAAAUAAUCGUUAAUUGAUGGGAAAUAUCUUUUGUUUUACUAAUUAUUUUCUGUGAAACAAUUUAUGAAAUUACAUGUAAUUUUCAUAUAAUUUGAGCGAUACUCUUUCCUUUUGUAUUUUCGGCCACUAAAUUUGGGAUAGUUUGUUGAUUAUAGUACAAAUAUUGUUAUAAAUAUGGCCGGAUGUAGAGGAAUCAUUAAUUCUGAAAUGGCUACAUGCCAUAGUGUUUAACAAUAUAUUAUUAAAUCGUAGAGAAUUUGUUUGUUUCUACUGUAUAUUAAAGUUGGAAAAGAUGAAUAUCUAUUGCCUCGAUGAUAUUCGCUUUAAAUUACAAUACUCGUUAGAUUCUCUUUCGUUUUCAAAUUUAGUUGAUAAUAAGGUUUUCUAAAUCCUACAGAUUAGAGGAUUUCAAUUUAUGAUUAAAAAUUUGUUUAACAUGGAGAUUUCUACUAAUAAAGGACGGGUUUUGCUAUAAAAAACAUUCAAAUACAAGUAUAUAAAUAUGAAAAAUGCUCAUAACAUAUAGAUAAACUAUAAAAGAAAACAAAAGAAAAACCUUUUCUAAAAUUUUUUGCACUCUGAAAGACUCGAAGUUGACGGUUGACGCUAGUAAUCUCUACUAGUUGGAGUAGUUAUUUUUCCGCUGAGAUUCUGAGAAUUUGAUGGAGAUUUUGAACCUACAAACGAAACGUAUUUCGCAUUCAUUAACGCAUUGUAUUUAAGUAAUAUUAAACUUACAGCUUUUUCCUGAUUUAUUUCGAGGAUUAUUCGUACAGGGAUGAUCACCCAUCAGAUGUUCUCUCCAUUUAUUUUGAUUGACAAGAAUGGAACAUAAUGGACAACGAUCAUAGCCUUCGAUAGGUUCUGUAAUAAAAAAUGAUAUCUUUGGUAGUUUAUCUUUUUCACUGUACUUCAUAUACUGCAUCAUUUUUUCAUACUUGUACACUUGCUAGAUUUUCUGUGUUCUUCGAAAGAAUCUUCAUGAAUGGCUUGCUUGCAUAUAUCGCAUUUGUCGUAAUUGCUUCUCAUAUCACAUUCAUCUGAAA